ACGCCCUCUGCAGUUCCAAUUAAUCGUGUAAAUUGACGUCGUCCGUAUCGUUGUCUAUCUGCUGAUUUAUCGCUCCAUAUAUGCUAGCUUUCAGAAAUUUGGAGGAGAUAAAUGAUCCCUUUUUAUUGUAAGAAUCUGAAAUAAUAACCUUCCAAUGACCUGGUCUUGCUAUGGAUGAAAUCGAUGUGCAGUGUAGAAUUCUGUCACUCCCUGAAGAGAUCUUUGUAUAUCAUAUCAUUCCAUUACUUCCAAUGCCUGAUAUCUGUGCUGUGAGAGGUGUUUGCAAGAAGUGGUGUGAUUUAGUCAACAUUCACUUUGCUCAGCUCAAAGUGCUGGAUCUUACUCCAUGGGACUUUCUAAUUACUCCAGAAUUUCUCCAUUGUGUUUUGUCCCAUACAAUGUCAUUGAGGGAAUUGAGGUUAGAUAAAUGUUGGAAGGCAGUUGUUAGUGAAACCAUGGAUGUAGCAGCAGAUAAAUGCAGAGAAGUAAGAUGUGCUUCCUUCUUCAAGUGUGGAAAAUUAACGGAAGACUCUGUUAUACAGCUGGCAGAAUCUUGGAAACAUCUGGAAGAGUUGGACCUGAGUAGCUGUUAUCAAAUCAUGGAUAGAACACUAUGUGGCCUCGCUGAAAAUGCUUGCUCAUUAAGAGAACUCUGUGUAGGAAGUGUGUAUGGAGUAACAGAUUUUGGUGUAAGUCAGCUUGCAUACAAAUGCCACACUUUAGAACUAUUAGACGUCAGUUAUUGCCAUCGGGUCAGUAAUAAAGGACUACAACCAUUUGUCAUGGAAACGGGCAAAAAAAGAACAUCACUGAAGAAUCUUAGGAUAAAGGCCUGUCAUAAGGUAAAUGAUGUAAUGAUUGGAAGACUUCUUGACUGUGGCAUUCAAGUCAACAAUAUGUUCUGAUGGAAAUUGAUGCUUCAAAACCUUGUUCUUCUAGCUUUUCAAUAAUAGCUCUUUCAUGUGAGAUUUUAUAUUUAACCAUUCAAAGUCAAUUGUAAAACAUAAUCUUGUACUCUAGUCUGAACCAGUACUCUUGUGCAAUGUUAUGAGAGACAAUUUUCUUUUUUAUUCUAGACAGCAAUUUAUUACAAAGAGGUGAAUUUUUAUGUAUAUCACGUCACUGAAUGAUUUCCGUCACUUAAAUCAAUUUCUUCUGCCCCUAUGUGCAGCAGGAAAUUAUUAUAUUGUCCAUUGUGUGAUUGAGUUAAAAAUUUUCCCCCAUCAAAUAGGUUGAAUGAAUAGAUGAGUAAAUUGAUAAAUAAAUGUUGUUUGAUACUAAAUAAGUCAUAGAUAAAGUAAAGAAAAUGUAUACAUGUAUGUAUAACAUAUUAUAAACCUGAAAUAUUGAUUAUGAUAUAAUACUACCUCAAAUUUUAAAAUAAAAAUAUGUAUGUUACCAAAAAAUGAAGGAGAUGGAAACAACUCUUUACAAGCUCCCAAUUAAUAGUAAAGUGCAAAAGCAGUGAUAUCAGUUCUAUCAGAAAUAUUUGACCCUCACUUUGCUGAGCAGCCUUUAAGUAAUGAAUAACAAUUUGUUAGUCUUUCCCUUUGAAAUUUUCUGAAAAUUUGUGUAAAGUAUUAGUAGCAAUAUAAAUAUUGAUCUACAAAUGACUAAAUAAAUAUAUGGUAAAAUCGUCUGCCAGAUAAUAUGAAAAAGCCCAUUGAAAUCAUCUGACAAUCCACUCUUGUCUUAUGGAGAAUUAGAUUGUAUUCUAAACAAGUACCCAUUAUUCCCUUUUAACCAUUAUCAGGGCAAUUGACCCCUGCUUAAUAGGUUACCAAUCCCUUGUUCAUAAACAUAAUGUUAAAGUGGAAACAAACAUUUUUACUUUUAUGUGUGAAUUCUUGUCCAGUAUGCACUUCCAGUCCUUGUUUGCAAAGAAACUAUUAUAGGUCCAGCAUAUUUUCGCCUUUUUAUCUUGAAUGGGAGAAUCAUCUUUUAUCCUUUUCUUACUAGUCACUAAUCUAUAAUCUGAAAUAAACUGUGAGGGCUUACCAAAACUGGAAUGAGUGUUUUAAUAUCAUAUUGCUUUUGAAAAUAUUGAAUGUAUUUCAUGAAUAACUGUCAGAUAAACAUUAGAGCAUAGAUAUGUAUAUUUGUCAAUGAUUUCUUAACUAAACAAGUUUUGAAAUAUUUUAUAUUCAUGACAUGUCGUCUAUUUUAUAGAAAAAUAUGGGAUAUACAUUAACUUAUGAAUAUUGCAUUCAUAAAAUGUGAUAUGUAAUUCAUUUAGACCCUUUUUUUUGUCUUCAUUUCUUCAUUGGGAAUUUUGUGUGUCUAGUUUUGGAUGGGUAUACUUAUGUGGGAUCUCAAGAAAGAGAGGGCAUGUGGAGCGCUGAAAACUAUUUAGACCUUGAAAGAGAUUACUACUAUAUACUACUACUACUACUACUAUUACUACUACUACUACUACUACUACUAUAUACUAUUACUAUAUACUCUUACUACAACUACUACUAAUACUACUACUACUACUAUAUACUAUUACUAUAUACUAUUCCUACUACUACUACUGCUACUACUACUACUACUACUACUACUACCAUAUACUAUUACUGCUACUACUGCUACUACUACCACCACUACUACUACUACUAUUACUACUACUUCUACUACUACUACUACUUUUUCUACUACUACUACUACUUCUAAUAUUACUACUACUAAUACUACUACUACUACUGCUACUAUUACUUCUACUACUACUACUACUACUACUACUACUACUACUACUACUACUACUACUACUACUACUACUACUACUACUACUACUACUACUACUACUACUACUAAUUCUACUACUACUUCUACUACUACUACUACUACUACUACUACUACUACUACUACUACUACUACUACUACUAUUAUUACUACUACUACUACUACUACUACUUCUACUACUACUACUACUACACUCCUGGAAGUGUAGGAACCGCACCCCUAUAUGAUUUUUUUUAAAGAAAGUGAAGAAAAGAUAGCAGUGAGAGCAGAACAAAAGGAAGGAAAAGAUUUGUCUAUUGCAUGUACUAUUCAAUUAAGGGGGGGGGGGUCAUUUUUAGCUCAUCUCAACCCUCCUCCCCACCUGCAUCAAAAUACCCAAGAGUUCCUUCUUAGGCCUAUUAUUAUGUCUAAUUAUGUGUGAUAGUUGGACAAAAUAAGUAUACAUGUCAAAACUAAAUGUUAUUUUAGAAAAUGAAGAAGAAAAAGAUGGCAUAAACACCAUCAUAUUGAAGAGACAGAGAAAACGAGAGAGGAGAGAGUAAAUACAAAGGGGAGAUAUAAAAGGGUCAUGUAAAUGAGCAAUGUGAAACUAAAAGAUGUUGACGAUAUGAUGAGAUAAUAAUGCACAAAAGUUUGAUCUAGCAGCUUUAUAAUAAAAUAUCGAAGGAUCUCCAUAUUUAUUUCUGUAAGAUAUACACACAUCAAUAUAUUUCUCAAAAUAUCUUAGUAAUUCCUUUUGUAAUUAGAAAAUAUAUUAAGUUUGAUACUUUUAUUAUUGCACAUUAUAUGAAAGUUCCAGAAGUUCUCCAGGAUAAUUAUAAAAAAAGGAUAUUUACAAUAUUCACUGUGAGCAUGCAAGUUUACCUUAAUACAAAUAUAAGUAUAACAAUUAAUAUUUUAAUUCUAGCUCAUUGCAUCAAACUGAUUCUAACCAAUUCAAACUCAUUUUAUUUAAUCAGGAAACAUACUACUGUGAUGUUCAACUUAUAUUCAUUUCACAGGAACCUAGGAGCGAUGUUUCCAUGGGUGUCGAUCACGGGGGGGAUGGGGGGGAUAUAUCCCCCCCAAUAUUUCAAGUGGGGGGGAUGACCUGUAUUAUCAUCCCCCCCCAAUAAUUUAGGGUAGAAAAUUUAUAAUAAUGAUGAUGAAAAAAUGUAAAGGUUUGAUCAUGAUGAUUAUAGUGAUGAUUAUAGUAUGCCAUCAAUCAGUUUGUUUCCCUCGCAAUUUGUGUAUAUUAUUAUUAAAUAAAAACAUUCUUUUCCGGGACUUUUAAACAGAUGGGUGGAGGUUCAAGAUGAAAAAGAAUGAAAUGUUUACGUAUAUGAUAUUUUUUAACACAUGACAUAAAAGGACCCCGACGAAAAACAACUUUUGUUGAUAGGGUGUUCCAUCCCACCAGUGGUAAUAUGAUCAUAUUUUUACAAUUUUUAAAAAGUGAAAUCAAUUAAUGGUUUCAGAAAGAAUAAUCAUUAAUUUCUCUCUAAAGCGUAUUUUCGGAUAUGAACAUCGGAUUUUUUUCAUGUUAUUCUUGUUAUUAUUAUGGACUUGAAUAUCUAAACUUGAUUGGCUCUUUCUUAUUUUGGCAAAAAGAAAUCUCUUUUGAGUUUGGAAAGGGAUGACAGUUUUGCAUUCUAUAUGAGCACACUCAUGCGGUACGUAAAUUUCAUUUUAACACAUAUGUUAGCUGAUAUUACACACUGAUGAUUCAAGAAAAUGUUGGAGAAAUAUCAUAACAUGACAGUUGAGUUUUGAUUGUUUUUAUGUUUGUUUUUGUUUUAUGCACUUAUAAAGCAUUUAAAACAUGUUAAAAUCCAGGGUUAAAAUCGUCUAAGGAAUGACGGUAAGCCCGAUGGCGCACGAGAAGCCACACAGUUUGUAAUUUGUGCUAGUCUUAAUUUGUCCGAAUCUGCAUUUUAUCAUCAUGCAUUAAGAAGAAAAAAGAUAUCGCCAGUCGGGUUAGAUUUAAGAGAGAAGUUGUAUACAUCAUGUCCAAUAAACAGAUCACUUUGUA